AUGCGGAAAGCAAAAUCUAAGUACUUUUGUGAUAAAAUCCAGGCAAGCUCUCAAAUGGGAGACAGUAAAAGCGGAUGGGCUUGGAUAAAUUCGCUCUUAGGAAGAAAGCAUAAGAAUACAAAUAUUAAUGAACUGAAAGUAAAUGAUGAUAUUAUUUCUGAUGAUAAAUCUAUUACUGAAACAUUAAAUGAAUAUUUUAUAAAUAUUGGAAUGAAGAUGGCUGCUGAAUCAGCAUGUCAAAGCACUGAUGCUUUAAAUGAUCAAAUAAUUUAUGAAAGUACUGUGCUUCUUCCUAAAGAAAAUUUUCACUUCGCAGAUAUUACUAUAGAUAGUGUUUCCAAACGCCUACAAAAACUAAAUGUCUCAAAAGCGACAGGUAUGGAUGGAAUACCUGCGAAUAUUUUAAAACUGACAUCAACCCUUAUUGCUCCAAUUCUAUAACUUUUAUAUUUAACCUAUCAAUUAGAACUGGUAUUUAUAUAGAUGAGUGGAAAUUAGCUAGAGUUAUACCAAUUUACAAAUCUGAGGAUAAGCGUAAAUGCGAAAAUUAUAGACCAGUUUCAAUUCUUCCCAUAAUAAGUAAAAUAUUUGAAGGGGAAGUUUUUACUCAAAUAUAUAGCUUUUUGAAUAAACAUGCACUUCUGUCUAAAUUUCAAUCCGGGUUUAGACCAAAACAUGGAACCUUAGGUGCUCUUAUACAAAUGUGUGAUCAAUGGCUACAAGACAUGGAUGAAGGCAAAAUAAAUGGAAAACAACUGUUUUUCUUGAUAUAUGUAAAGCAUUUGACUCGGUGAAUCACGAGAUAUUAUUGGAGAAGCUUAAAAUCCAGUUUGGAAUUCACGACAUUGAAUUAAAAUGGUUCCAAUCAUACUUAAGGAAUAGAAAGCAAGUGUGUUCUGUUAAUGAUCAAACUUCUUCUGCAAGAACAAUAAUAUGCGGAAUUCCGCAAGGAUCCAUACUUGGUCCAUUAUUGUUUUUGCUAUAUAUUAAUGAUAUGCCUGACAUUUUAGAAAGGACAACCCCAUGUCUUUAUGAUACGAUACAUUGAUUGACAAUUUGAAUAUGGACCUUUCCAGUAUUCAUAAAUGGCUUGCUAAAAACAAACUAAAAUAUCAUAGGAAAAAAACAAAAGUCAUGUUUAUUGGAUCUACGCAUAAUCUAAAUAAUAAAAUAGGAAAUAGACCCGUUGAGAUUAACAAAAUCCCAGUCCCACAAACCAAUACAUUUCAAUGUCUAGGUGUAAAUCUAGAUGAAAAAUUAAGUUGGGAGAAACAUAUUGAUUCUGUAUGCCAUAAGAUUAGCGCUGGAAUAGGAGCAAUUAAAAGAAUAAAACCUUAUGUUCCACACAAAACCUUACAUGAUGUCUACAAAACAUUAAUUCAGCCUCAUUUUGAUUACUGUUCUCCCCUGUGGGAUAACUGUGGUUUGGGACUUCAAGACAAAUUGCAAAAAUUCCAAAAUCGAGCAGCAAGGGUGAUUACCGGAGCUGACUACGAUGUAAGAUCGUCUGAAGUCCUAAACAAAUUAGGCUGGGAAACCCUGGCUAGGAGACGAGAACAAAACAAGCUAGUAUUGAUGUAUAAAGUCUUGGGGAACCACACUGCGCCAAACCUUAAAGAUCUUUUUUCUCGGAGAAAUGCAUCGCAGAAUAUUUAUGAUUUACGCAAUAGCGAAACUGAUCUCUCGUUAAAAAAACCGAAAACGGAAUUUCUAAAGAAAACAUUUGGAUACAGUGGAGCAAUUCUAUGGAAUAGUCUCCCGCAAGAUGUCAAGGCGGCUGAGUCAAUUACGUCAUUUAAAACAAUGGCGAAAUUGCAUUUAAGCAGAUGAUAAGCUAAUUUCUCCAGGAUCAAAUGAUGGGAGGACAAUAUAGAUUGUGGGCGGGAGGGGGGUUAGUUUUGCGUGAGGGUGGGUGGGUACUUGUUUAGGGGGUGGAGGUUUGGGAGGAAGAUGAUAAAAUUUUAUGGUGGGAUUCUUACAUAUUUUGUUCUAUAUAUAAUUAACAUUUAGCUCUUUGUGUGUAUACGCACUUUGUGGAAACCAGUUGUAAAUAAUUGUCGAAGUUAGCGUAUUGAAAUAAAGUUUUACAUACAUACAUACAUACAUACUCGAAUCAACCGACCGCGUAGCUCAGUUGGCAGAGCAUUGGACUAGUAUCCAAAGGUCGUACUGUACGUUCGAUUCCCACCGUGGACAGGCAUAUUUUUCGAGCUUGCCCGUUGUGGAUAUAUACACUCAGAGUAACAUCACAAGCAUCAUAUUCACCCGAGUACAUUACACCAACACAGAAAAAAUCAUGCCUUAUAAUGUUUAUAACUGAAUAAAUAACAAUCGUAGGUUUGAUUCCCGCCUUGGCCAGGCAUGUUUUUCGAGCUUGCGCGGUGUGGAUAUCCGCUCAGACUAACAUCACAGGCAUCAUAUUCACCUGAGUACACUGCACCAUUAAAUAAAUUAUUUCCUUGCUGAUUCUCCCGAGAUUCCAGGGAUCUUUUUCUGUUCAUGUUCAAAGUUUUUGCCAAUAUUUCCAGUUACUCCAACUACCAGUAGUAUUCGCGAGCUUAAGAAAGCUACGUUUUUGACAACACGAACGUUGACCGGAAGCAAAUUUGACGUUAUCAACCAACCAACAUUCUUGACCCAGUCUUAAAAACUCAUGCCGUUUGUGUUGUCAAAAUUGUCCCUUGUUUAAGCUCGCUAUCAUCUUCUAUUCACGCCAUCGUCAUAGCUAGCUUGCGGAUUUCUACUGCUAAUUUUAUAUAUUUAGCCCUUUUUUCAUCCAGCUUCUUUCGUAGAAUUUGAUUACAACAUGCAAAUGCCUAUUUCAACUAUGUUUCCCUCGAUUGUUUGUUUUCAACCCUAGAUCUGGUCUGGUAAAUACGGUUCGUGUUAAACGUAUGAUCCCACAGUAUACUGUAACCCACUCAUCAUUCUCCACUAUCGAUGCUGCACUUUCAAUGCUUUUUCCACCGACGAUGCUGCCCCACUAAUAAUUUAAGGCCCCAACAGGCUCUAUUAUAAAUGGCUCGUGCAUGCACAGUCGCCAUAUCUCUACUUUAUUACUGAAGCAAGACAUUACAGAGUCAACAAAUAUACAAGAUUUUCCUUUUUCGCUCAAUACAGCCUUGCUCUCCAUCCAUAAAUGGAAACCUACAAUCGUCCUCGCUAUUUUAGUAAGACAUGCUUUGGAAAUGACAAUAAAUUUUUAAUACUCAACCCAUGAGUUGUUUUGUUUUUCAUUUACCCAACCUUUUACUAACUCAAAAUUUUGUUUACCCAACCAUUUUCUCUUCGGUGCCACCCCCCGCCAUAAAUAAUGACCGGUCCCUAAACUUUCAUAUAAAGCAAAGUUAUUUCUGCAUGACGCUGCAUGUUCCCGUAAAAGUUUAAUAAAUCAUCCAAUAUCGAUGAUUUAUCUUGGUUUCCUAUCAAGCAAAUAAUGAAAGUCUAUGAUUGCAGUGAUAGGAAUAAUUUCAUUUGGCGAACUAUGAAAUGUUCCAUUCCAGGAAAUAGUGCAAUUUGCUAUAUAUUUUUUAAUAGAGAAAUUUAGUGACCGGAAAGUUUUUAGUUUAAAUGUUUUAGGGAUCUAUGUCCAUUUAAAUACUGGUACCGAAUAUAUGUUACUGUGUACAGUAAGUAAACUCUGUACUUGUUGAAUCUUUGCAGAGGCUCCCGGAAAUCAUCACCGUCAUAGUCAAAAAUUCAAGAAUUGUCCUGUUGAUAUACCAGUGCUAGUGGAUUUGUGCGAUGCAAUGGCAAAAAUGGGCGAUGAACACUUUUUUAGUGCUUUAAUAAAACUUGGUUUCAUCCCCGGCAUUUUGAAGAAAGGCAGCGGAUAUUGCAAAGACAUCGCAUUAACUGCACGAGAACAUGGCCACAACGAGUUAGCUGAGAUUAUCGGAACGUCGUCUAGGUAUGUACAUACGAACAACAAUUGUUCUAUAUAAUUGGUUUUAUUAUCGAAACAUUGUAACAUCCAAUCUUUGAUGUUUUUUAGCGAGCAACCCUACGAUUGUGACGUGGGAACUUUAACAGUUGGAAAACUUUUUGAUGCAGUACAAGCUGAAAGAUCGUUAAUGGCAAAUUCUGGUAAGUUGUUUUGAUGAAAUUUGUUAUUGACUCCCAAACCACAUCAGAAAACGACAUUUGCAAAGCCCCUGUAAAACGAGAGAUGUAUUCCAUUUAUAUCAAACAGCAGACCUCUUUUUAAUAUGAAUGCCCAGUACUUUUUCAGGCAAAGCAACACGAGUAUAAAUUAUUCCGGUCCAAUAGUAAAAAAGCCACGGAGGAAUGUUUUAAUAAAGUGUCGCAGACUGUUUUGACCAGGAUUGUAGGUUGCCAAGCCAGAUAUUGGUUGCUCAAAGGAUACAUUGUCAAAGUGCUUCAAAUUGACGAGUUGCUGGAAUAUUUUGGGAGUCUCUUAGUUUUGGACGGUUCGUGGUCUAGAAUCGUUUACUUGUUCCAUUUAAAGGUGUGAUUGGUAUUGUUUUUUGUUCAUUUCGUGCUGCUGGGUAAUGUUAUCUGAUUCUUUUGUGUAGAUGCGUUUGUUUGUAUGAUGUAUGUAGUUUCACAAUUGUUAUAUUGAUAGAGAUAGAUAGAUAAACCGUUUAAUAAAAUACAACAUUUUGCAGUCAAAUGACUUAAUUACAUAUGUGUAUAAAAUUUACAUCUUGUUAUUGAGAAGGCUUAAUUGCUAAAAGAUUCUAUAUAUACUCUAUUUUUCCAAAGGUUAACUGUUUAUAAUGGUUCUGCGCAUACUGUAAUACAUCAUGGAUGAACUUUAAAACGGUUGGUACGUAGAUUAGGAAUUUCAAAGGUUCUCUUCUUGCGUAAUCGCACUGUAGUAAAGCUCGUUCUUGGUGGUAAAAGUACCGCAAGCUUAUGUUCUUUAUUUGAAACAAUGUCGUUAAAAACUUUGCCAGAUAAGAGUUCUCGUCUGUCCAUCAGGGGGCAAAGACCAGCUUUUUCAAUGAAAUCGGUAUAAGUGAGACUAGGGAAAAUCAUGCGCAUUACUCUUUUAUGAAUACGUUCAGUAUUGUCUGAGAGAUAUUGUGGAAAGCUAUUAUGGAACAGUUAGCAUGCGUACUCUAACUCUAAGACGGAUCUUAUACAGCUACAAUAAAAUUUGAUUAAAUUGACCGUUUCCACAUCAGCACGUUUUAGCCGUCUCAAUAGGUAAAGACGCUUUGCAGCUUUAUUAGUGACCUGGUCCACAUGAUCGUUCCAUUUCAAGUCCUGUGAAGGAAUUAAUAAGUUUUUACAUUUGAUUGGAUUAAGUUGCAAAAAGUUUUCCUCUGACCAUUCGGAAAUGUGGUUGAUAUCUUCUUGUAGCACGACUUCAGAAAUGGUGGUGUCGUCAGCAAAUUUCCGCAUGGAUGAAGAUUUCUCUGGCAAAGCAAGGUAAUUAAUCAUGGUUAAAAACAACCAUGUGGUCGGUCCGAGUCGUGUUCCUAGUGGUACACCAGCGGGGACUUUUAACCAAUCGGAGAACAGUUGGAGUUUUACUUAUCCCUCUGCCAUCAGUUUCUCAGAAAGUCGAUCGAUAACUAUACUAGGUUUGAUAACCUACCAAUAACUUGUGAUCUACCAGAUCAAAAGCUUUCCUAUGUCCAGGAAGACAUUUCUAACAGAAGAGCCAGUGCCAUCCGUAGCGUUCAACCAAUGGUGGAACAUGGAUAUAUGGGCAAGUGAAAUUGACGAAUCUGGGAUAAAGUCAAAUUGACAUGGGUCAAUACGUCUUAUAGCAAGGUUGGUUUCAACUCUCUUUCGAUAACUAUGCUCUCUUCCACUUUUGACAAUACAGAUGUCAAAGAAAUUGGCCUCAAAUCUUUAUUAAAAUCAUGGUCGGUGGAUUCUUUGGGUAUAGGGGGAACAUCAGCAAGUUUCAAACAUCAGGUACUUUAAAGAGGUAUUCAAGAUGUCGGCAAUUGGAAAAGCCAAGAUAUCCACAAAUUCCUUCAGGGACUAACCUCUAUGAAUUUUCUCCAGAUAACUAACCCGAUCGGUAAUGAUUAUUGGUUCGUCAUUCUCCAAGCUGCAGGUCACACACAAAUCAUCAGGCAGGGCUCAGUAGUUUUCCAUUACAUUUACAAAAGCUUCGUUAAUUUUGUAGCUAAGUUCCUUAUCCUCGUAGAUCAAAUCCGGGUGGAGGGUAGACUUUAGGUCACGCUUGUUCGUUUUGGAGGUUCCACAGAGCUGUUUAACUUCCCACCACCAGUCCUGCGAUUUUGUGUCACACAGAUCUUUGGCCUUAUUCUGAUAGUAGGUUUUGCAACAUCGUUUGCGUUCGCGAUUUACCUUAUUUCGUAAAAAUUAGAAAAGAUGCUCAUUCCCUGAUGUAAAUGCUUUUUGUCUACGUGCGAUCAAAGGUUUUAGCUUGCUGUUGAUCCAAGGUCGAUCGGUUGUCUGAUCUCUAAUUGAUCGUUCUGGUAUGAUAACGUUCAAACCGUAGAUUGUGAUCUGCGUCAUAAUGUCUAAUUUCUCCUUGCAUGACUGCUCUAUCGAGAACAGUUCAGCCCACGGUAUCUCUUGUAAAUAGCAACCCACCACUUGCUAUUUUGCUAGAUGUGGUUUGUCCCUUACUUUGAUAACAGCUGUCUGCGCUUUAUGUUGUUUAUUUCGGACGCUGGGGUUUAUAAAAAAUGUCAGGUGAUCUGAUAGUCUAAACGGCAGGGCACUAGUAGGAUUGGAAUAAUACUCUGAUAGGUUAGUGAAAUCUGAUCAAGCGUAUUUGCCCCUCUAGUUGGAAAGUCAAUAGCCGGUUUGAGUUGAAAAAGCUUAGCAGUAGACUUCAGAUCAAACCUAUUAAAGUCAACUGCAAUUAUCAAUGCACUUUUGGCAUAGGUGGUUUCGAUUUUUACAAGUCACGAGCAUCAGGAGGGUUGUACACGACUGCUGUAAUAAUGUUCGAGAACCCCCUUGGAAGACGGUUUGGUCGCAAAAAAACCCAAAGAACUUCACGGUCUUCACUUUGCAAAUCUGGAAGAGGCUGACAAAAGAUAGAAUGACUCACAAAAAAGACAUACGCCACCAUGGUUUCUAACUUUGCAGUCCCGCCUAAAUAAUUGAUAACCGGCAAUGUUGAUGGCUUCGUUUGGGACAAGGUUUUUCAGCCUCGUUUCACUGAAAAGAGCGUUGUCUGUCUUGUUAGAUUUUAAAGUAUGAGCGAUUUCGUCAAUUUCUGGUGCUAGCGACAUAUAAUUCCUUUAUACGACCUCUACGUUUCCAUCUAUAUUGCCUCAGUAAGUCGUUUGAUUUAAGGCGAUUCCAUACUUCAGACGAGAUUAUAUUCUGUGGUUUGUGUAACGACACACAAUGACAACCAGCUUGAACUUUACAUAAUUUCCUGAUAAACAGCAGCGAGUUCCUUGAGCAACUGAACAUAUCCUAUUCUUUGGCAGUGCAUCAAACCAUAAAUUCAGUUGAUAUAAGGCCAUUUAGACGGCAAGAAACUUUAAUAUUAGCAAGCUAAUAGAAAGACAGCCAUUACGGCGCUCAUACAUUAUAAGGAAACGUAUAAACUAGCUUCCAGAGCAGUAUGAUCAGAAUUUUUUAUUUUUGAGAUUUGCGUAUUGUGUUAUUUUGUUUCACGCUGGUACAGGGUCUUUAGGUUUUGAUAGCAGGUCUCGGAGUGUUGUUUGGAUAUAGAAUUUUGUGGUUUCGACGUAUUGGUUGUUUUUAUUGUGCGCAUAAACUAAAGAAACGCUCAGUUGGUUGUUGACAUUGGUGAGAAAUUCUUGUUAUACGUGUUGCUUUUUUACGAAAAUGGUAUUCUGAUUUAUUCAGGCUUACUGAGAAUUUAAUUAAUGCUGUUGACAAUAAGCUAAUCACCUAAAUCACCUGUGGUUUAUGCGUAGAAUCCACGGUACAGCUUUGUUGUGGUUUAAAAGCUAUUUAGAAAUAGAAAGCAGUACGUUAAAAUGGGACAAACUGAAUCUAAGAUGUUAAUUAAAACAUAUGGCUCCCACAGGGCUCUACCCUAGGACCAUUGUUAUCUUUGCAUUUUUCGCAGCUGCUUUCGAUUAGGUCUAAAAUAUUAUAUAUUAAGUUUUCGCUGGACAAUUUUACUUACCAAAAAGGAUGUCAACCUUUUACCACCGACCAAGACACACAAUACGUAAUAUAAUAGCAUUUUAGUCUUACAGUAAUUCACACGAUGAUUAUUUCACUUAAGGUUCAGAUUCUAGCUCCGAUUGUGAUUCAAACUCCUGUACAACUGGCUAUAAUGCGGAUAUUGAUUCUGAUGAAAAGACUUUGGAAGGUAAACAUUAAAAUGUUGAAUUAAAAUGCUUCUCACAGUUGUUCUCCAGUUUCAGUGUACAUGUACCUCUAGCGUAUUGUAAUCUUCUCCUCUAAGUGCGCGGGCGAAGAUGGCGUGUACGUGUAACAUUUCCCUCGCGCAUUAUCACACCAUAAAUGCGCGCGACUCGUUUUCUAUUUCUUAAAUAAUGCAUGGAAAGCCGUGCUUGGUUCUCACUACAUUUUUCGUUUUGUUGACAAAACAAGUUAUUUUGAUUAAGUGUCGAUUUUUUUGGGUAAUGUUAGUGUUGCCAUGGCAGCAUGAGACAGUUUUAUUUAAUAGUCAUUUCACACAUCAAUAGAGCAUGCAACUGUUUUGUUAUUAUUAAUAUUAUUUAACAAUUAUUCGCUGAAGGCGUGGUGAUUACCGGUGAAUAUUCACCUCGACGAAAUUGUUUUAGUUUUUAAUGAAUAAAAUAAAAUAUCCAAAUAUCAGUUUAAUUAAAAUUCAGAAAUAAAACUGUUUUCGACCGGUUCACGCCUACAGUUUUCGUGUUGCAGUGUUUCUUGCGUACACGCUUUCAAAAUGGCUUCCUGUGUGACUUUAUUGCUUUUAAUUAUUACUUCUUUAUUUAUUAUUGUUUUAUACUAGUCAGCUAUAGUGACAUCGAGAAAUACGUAAACGAGGACCUUAAAUUGAUCUCCCAGUGGCUUGAUCAAAACUUACAUUGAACUGCAAAAAAUCUAAGUUCGUCCUGUUUGGUAUAGUAACGAUCUCGUCGUUCACUAAUAUAUCCAUACAUGUCAACGAACAUCAAAUUGCCCGUGAACGUACCUUUAAAUAUCUAGGUAUAAUUUCUCAGAAAAUCUCACUUGGUCUGACCAUUUAAAUAAUAUUUCAACAAAAAUUAACCAAAGCAUCGGACUGCUAAGAAGACUCAAAACUAGAGCUUACCAUUUGACUCAAAACUAGACUUACCAUCUACAAAGUUCUUAUUCUUCCACUAUUUGACUACGGAGAUAUUAUAUGGGGUGACAAGCAUAAUUCCUCCUUAAUGGAUCAACUACAAGUUCUCCAGAAUAAGGCUACAAAGACCAUUCUUGACGCUCCCUACCUAUCCUCAUCCACUGAGGCCCUCAACAAAUUACACUUGGCAUUCAUCUACCCACCGACGCAAACUACACCGAAUAAUAACCAUAUAUAAAUUUAUAAAUAAUUUAACAGAGUUAAUCUCGAUGAUAUACAGGGUGUAUAAAAAAAACUGAACAGAUUUGAAAUUGCUCUCAAUUUCGCAAAACACCUAUUUGUAUACGGUUUUUUAUAUAUAUAGCUUCUUUGGGUACUUAUAAUGUAAAAUAAUGAAAAAAAUUUCUCAAACUCAAAUUUUGUGGACCAGGGUCUUUUCCAACAAACUAAAAAUGGCUCGCGCACCAAAUUUAAAAGAUGUAAUCAUAUUUUGAGUUUAUAGAUGGAAACUUUGUCGGGUUUUUAAUUACUGUACAAAAUUUCAGACAAUUUGGUCUAGUUUAAGCCCUUUAACUAUUUAUUUUAUUCUAAAAAAUCAGCUUUUCGCAUGCCUAAUUAAUGCCUUUACCUAAUUUGCAUAUUGCUGACAUAUGCAAAUUAGGCAAAUGCAUUAUUUAAGCAUGCGAAAAGCUGAUUUUUAGGAAAAAUGUAACUUUGCGUGAAUAGUUAAAGGGCUUAAACUAGAUCAAAUUGUCUGAAUAUGAUUACAACUUUUAAAUUUUGUGCGCGAGGCAUUUUUAGUUUGUUGGAAAAGACAUCCCCCCCCCCCCUGGUUCACAAAAUUUGAGUUCAAGAAAUUUUUUUCAUUAUUCUACAUUAUAAGUACCCAAAGAAGCUAUAUAUAUAAAAAACCGGAUACAAAUAGGUGUUUUGCGAAAUUGAGAGCAAUUCCAAAUCUGUUCAGUUUUUUCUGAUACACCCUGUAUAUAGGCUACCUCUAGAAGCCAAAGACAAACUGAGGAAAACAAAAACUGCUUUACCAGGCUUGUAGAGAGUACAACGAUUUGGACUAUACUACUAGAUCCAUUGAACAGUUAGGAACCUUUAGGAAUGAACUUCUCAAAUCUGUAUCUUUAUAAUCAUAAUUUUUCUGGUAUAUCAUAUAUAUCCAAUAUGUAAACACUGCACGCACACUAUAUAUACUAUUGUAUACUUUGUAUUUUAAUGUUUUGUAGGAACCAUCUGAACAACUUACACUUCUUGUGAUGCUGGUUUCCUGAAUAAAUAUUAUCAUUCAUUUAUUACAAUGAAAGUUAUUUUUCUCGAUUUCUGCUUAGAAUAUAACCACAAUGGUGGAAUGACUUUUUCACCAGAAUUAAAAAAAUUGUUUCUGUUUAGCAUUAAUUUGUUCAAGAAAUGGCUGAGAAAAUUGGUAAAAUGGAAUGUAAAAAUACUGUUUUAAUACACUUUUCACUUUACAAGUUUCGAAAACACGAUACAGCGAAAUUAUAAUAUACAGCACAAUGAAAACAUGACAUCAAAAUAAAACAGUAUCGUUCAAAUUGAGAUAUCUGCAGGGUAUAAAACAAAAUGGUUUUAAAAGACUAUCACGGCAAGGCCCAACCAGGCUUCGUAGUCUCCAAGACCAAAAUAGUUCAAAGAUUUUCAAAGACCUGCAUUCAAAUUUAAAAACUUUCAACGAUUUCAAAGACCGCUACGAACCCUGCCAACAGUCGGGAUAGUUUUUGCGAUUUGUUUGAAGUGAAUUUUUCGAAGUUUCCAAUAAGUUUUAAAUUGUCCGUGAAUAUGUUUGUCACAGUAAAAUAAUAAAGGUACCCUACCUUUCAAGUUAAAUACAAAAUUUUGUGCUUCUUUCGUUUUCCGGGGACGGUUUUUUUCAAUAUUUCAUCGAUUUUGAAACCAAAUUUGCCGAAUUCUUUUUCAAAAGCAUUAGUCAAUUUUUAUAAUAACAACGUUUAUUCAAAAGUUUUCGUCCGCGAUUUUUUUAAUCAAAAGUUUUAUUGGCGGAUUUACAAAUUUUCUUUAAAUGUAUCUAAAAUUCCCCAACCGUUAAAUUUUAAACAAAAUAAUUUUUAAGGCUAAUAGUUUUUAUACGAAUAGUUAAUAAAUCUGUGAACUCGUUGUUGCAGUGUUUAUAUUUGAUUAAGAAUUCCAAAAGAUUUCUUUAUGUGAGAAUUUAAUAUUUUUAUUUAUUAGGUGGCGAACCAUCUGCACGUCAAAAUGUCGAAGACAAUAAUCUGCAUGGCGAAAAUGGUGAUCUACAUGCCGAAAAUGAUGAAAUACAUGUUGAAAAUGGUCAUCUGCCAACGGAAACCAAUGAUCUACAUACCGGAAACGGUGAUCUACAUACUGGAAACGGUGUUCUACUUGCCGGAAACGGUGAUCUACAUACCGGACACGGUGAUCUACAUACUGGAAACGGUGAUCUACUUGCCGGAAACGGAGAUCUACAUACCGGAAACGGUGAUCUACAUAACAGAAUCGGUUUUCUGCAUGGCGGAUUCGGUCCUGGAUACAGUUAUCGACAUGGUGAUGAUGGCUGUCUGUGUGCCGAAAGUUGUGUUCCUCAAGACAGUGGUUCCCAAACUGAAAAUUGUGAUCUACAAACUGAAACCAGCGAUCUGUUCACUGAAAAUGGUGAUCAUAAUAAAAAAAGUGUUAGUGUGACACUUGCCAAAAUGUCUCUGGAAAGAAAACAUCGUAAUAAUUACG